UGGGUGAUUUUUGAUUUUUGUAUACAAACAUGUUCUAUUUUUUUAAAAGGGAAAACUUUUUUGGAUUAUUUAAGUAAUUCUCAGUAAUAUUGUUUAAUACAAACGAAAAUAACUGAUCAACCGUACAACCAUGGAUAAGUCGGAGUAUUUGAACCAGAAAAUGCUUAAGCCACUGAUGCCGGAGGACAUGAGAAGUGAACUAAUAUCUGCCUUGAAAUCGCAAAACGUUCAUCACAAUCGAGUUCGAUCCGUUAGAAACUUCAAGAAAUUCCCACCAUCGUCAAUUUCUUCGAGUCCUGCUGCUUUGAGCGUUGGUAACGAGGAUGAUAAACGAGGUCAACUUCGACUGCAAGCAAUUCAGGAGAUCAAAACUUCGGAAAUAUCUUACUUGAGGCAGCUGGAUUUGCUUAUUAAUUAUUUUGUUGUUCCGCUGAAAAUUAAUGGGCUGAUUCUGGAAAGGGAACACAGUCAUAUAUUUGGUCAACUGGAAACCAUCUACAACCUCAGUCAGGAGUUGCUCAAAAAGCUGGACGAUGAUCUGGAAAAUGUAGUACGAGCAUUCAUGAACCUUGGACCAUUUUUCAAACUGUAUUCGGUGUAUGCGUUUGAUUAUCGAAAUUCGUUGUGUACGUUGCAAACAUUAACGCAUAAAAAUCCCGCUUUGAAACGGUUUAUUGGCGACGCGGAAUCGCGGCCGGAAGUUCAGACGAAGUUGAUAUCGUUGCUGAUAACACCGAUACAACGGAUUCCUCGAUACAAACUGUUGUUGCAACAGGUUCUGCUCUACACCAGCCCAUGUGAUGUGGCGUAUAAGCAACUGCAAGAAUCUAUUAAACUUGUGGAACAAUCAGUUUCUCACAUCAACUCGGUUGUGGAGGACUACGAGAACACCCAGCGGCUGAUUACGAUUCAAAAUGCGUUGAAUACAAAGUCGCUUAAGAUUGUAAAGCCUGCGCGGAAGAUUCUCAAGGAAGGUAUUCUGAGGAAAUUGAAAACCGACGGAACAACGUCGAAGAAAUACUGCAUAUUGAUGUCCGACAUGUUCAUCUACUGUCGCAUGUUGAAGGACCAGGAACAUUUGUUUUCGGAAAAUGGCCUGGAAUGUUGCUGUAUUUUUCCAUUGAAAAAAUGUAAGGUAAUGGAGCUGUUCAGUGGAAACUUCAAAAUAACUUGCAGUGGUGACGGGACUAUAUUCACUGCUGAUAACUCUGAAGUGUGUCGCAGUUGGUUUCAAGCCAUACGGGAGGCCAUAGAGCUGCACGUACAAUGCAGAAAAACACUCAGGAAAUUGUCUAGCAAUCGGAAACCAAUGCGCAAAAAGCACAUACAAAAAAUGGAACCAGAGGAUGACUACCUUUGGUUGCUCCGUCGCAAAACGGCCAGUCCUAUCAAGUCUCCUAAAGCGCGCACCAAUCUGUGGCCGUUCCGUAACAUGGAUUGCUUGAAGGCGCGACGUUCCCUACACGAUGAAUCACUUGUUACGGCUACCAGUCGGUACGAGACGGGUAGAAUCGGUUUUCAGAACCGAAGAGCAUUGAUAGGUACCAGCUGUAACGGUGCAAACGAUGAGAAUAGUUUUAGGAAUUCGGCGGAGAUGACAGCUACAGCUUCUGAUUUCACAGCGGACUAUGAGCAGCAAGCGGGUCCCAGCGGUGUUCGUAGCAUCGCCACGGGACCCAAAAAGCAGGUUAGUUUUCAGUUGCCAGCUUCGUACUAUAAGCGGUAAAUAGUUUUAGUUUACGUAAUUUUACACUUUGUUUAGGUUUAUUUUUAAGUUUCAUUAUGUUGAACGUUUCGGUACUUUUGAAUCUCAAUCUACUCAAGCUAAUAAUCGUUGUAUUAAUACGUACUUAAGAGUAUAUCUCUCCUCAGAACUGAAUUUAAUAUAUUUCCAAAGGUA